AUGGCAGAAAUGUUGGGAUCGGUAUAUUCACUCCAAACGGGCUACUUAGAAGGUGGUGGUGGUGGUGGUGGUGGUGGUGGUUGUGGUGAUGCAGUCGCGGCGGGCCAUGGAGACAGCGGCGGUCCGCCCGGGCAGACGGCGGCCGGCGGCCAUCCCCGUGUCGCCGCCCCGGGUGCCCACCCCUGUGCCCGCUGGGGAUGCCAGGGCAGGUGCGCAGAGCUUCCGGAAGCGGGCGCCGACCGCGGCAGCCCACCCGCGCUCUGGGAAGCGACUUUUACGAGGCUGCGCUCCUCACUUACAUACAAUGGCAUAUCGCCGGCGCUAAUGAACGCCGCCUUUGUUUACUCUGGGGCACGCGAGCGGGCUCAGCGACAACAAUGGGCGCCGCCGAGGAGCGCCGCCGCGGUCUGCGGCCGUGGUGGGGGUAGCGGAGGCGCUGUGGUGGGGGUAGCAGGGUGCCAGUGGCGGGGGCAGCAGCGGGCCGGUGGUGAGGAUACAGCGCUGCUGCAAUUAGCUGGCAAAGGCGCCGCGCGCCGUGUGAACAGCUCUUUCUCCCACGGCGUCGCGCGAGGUUGGCGGACUGGUCGGCAGACCACUUUAUCUGCAAGGCUGCUUCCCUCAUGUGGGCGAUCUGCGGGCCGGAAGUUGAUGCCGUGA